CUUACAAAUGUCAAGGACGACUAAAGAUCUCAUUGACAUGAUCAAAUCACAACGCAAGAAGGAUGAACGAGGAGGUAAGCACUUCAAUGACGACCUUAUAGACCCUAAUGAUGAUCUCUACGAGUAUAGUAGCUCUAAGAAAACCAAGCUUGAGACCCCCUCAAAAAUGGCAAAGACUAUUGAAAUUCUCAACCAAAAGGUUGAAAAGCUUGAAACUGACAGAACAAAGUUAAUUUAAAAAAGUCGAGCGUUUAAAGCGAAACUACGAAGGCCUUUCAUUUUCGACUAAAAAUGAAAAAUCUGAGUUUGUCAGCUUGAACCAUGAAAAUACUCAGUUGAAGAAGGAAAUUGAUGCCCUGAGACUUAAUAAUAACGAACUUGCUUCGAGAGAAGAGCAAUAUAGAGAGGCCGUCAAGAAACUUCAUGAACAAACCCAAGAUUUAGAAGAGAAACUUAACAAAAAGAUGCAUGAGCAUAAAUUACAAGUAGAAGAAACCCGCAAGCAGAGCAAGAAAUUUGAAGACAAAAUAAAAGAAAUGACUACAUCCCAUAACAAUGAGAGGGUAAAGCGUAAUGAUGAAAUCAAAAGGCUUAAAUCACAGGUUAAAAGCCUCAUUGAGGAAGCCUCAACGCCUGCCAAUGAAAACCUGAUCCCUGAAGAUGAAAUUAACGAACGUGCGAAUGCCAUGGCAGAGCAGUUAGCUAAAGAAAUUAGCGUGAAAGUUACUAAAGAAAGGCAAGAUUUCCAGUCACAAAUUGACCAGCUCAGGGAAGAACUCUACAUGGCUCAAAAAGUAAUUGACCAGAACACCUUGGACUUUGAGAGGAAGAAGACAGAACUUCAAGAGCAGAUAACCGACGAACAUAAGAAAACUAAUGAAGCGAAAGAGGUAAAGGAGAAAACUGCAAAGCUUGAGGAGAAGAUAGACUCUCUCAAGAGAGAACUUGAAGCCUCAAACUUGAUUAUUGACAACAAGGAAGCAACCAUUAAGAAGAAAGAUGCAGAAAUAGAGCUUCUUGAACGAGAGAAAGAAGACAAAAAUACUCAAUUAACCAAGAUUCAGAGUGGCACUAGUCAAGAAAUGAAGGAACUACAUGAUACCAUCAAAGUUCUGGAAGAUGAAAGAAGAAAACUCCUUCUCGAGAAAAGUGAGAUUGAAAGGGCCCGUGAUGAAGCACAGAAGAAAUUUACUAAGAAUAAGUCUGAUCUAGAUAACAUCGUUGAGCAGUAUAAAAAUAACCAAGAUGAGCUAGAGACGACUCUGAGAGAAAGGAUUAAGGAGCUUGAGGAUGAUAAUAGGAUGAUAAAGACCAGAUUUGAGGAUGAGAUUAACGAAGAAAGAUCUAAUAAUGAACAACUUUCAAGUAAGCUAAGAAAAUUAGAUGACCAAAUAAGCCUUCUCGAGAAGCAACAAAGUGAUUUCCUGACUUUUAAAGAUACAAUUAUUGUAACUGCUAAGAAGAUGCUGAAGAAUUUUGAGCCAAUAGAGUCAAACCUGUCUUGUCUCUCAUGCUUAGAAUUCUUAGAAGACCCUCUUAUGCUGAUCUGUGGUCAUUCAAUAUGCCUAAAAUGCUUCAAAACCCAUUCCGAUCCUCAAAGCAAGGACUCAAUUGUCUUCUGUGAAGAAUGUCGGGUUGAGACUAAGAAUAAGGAGCUCAUGGAAUCCAAGGUGAUAGAGAUACUUUGAGAAAAGUUCAAAGCUUCUAAAAAGAGUGUGAGUCAGAUCAUGGACUAUGCUACAAACCUUAGAAUAGAGUAAUGCUUCAAUUUCA